UGGAGGCCAAGCCAUGACUCUGGGCUCCACCCCGGCAGACAGGAGGUAUCUGCCUUGGAGUCAGGUGGAAACCAGACCAGCUGUGUGCGAGGGCCAUAAUUUGGGAAGAGUCUGCAGGAGACAGACAUCGAACUGCGUACAAGCCAGGAGGCUGAAUCUUUGUUGGUAUUGCUUGAUGGUGGAUACCCCUGCGUGGGAAGCAUUUUUGUUGAACUUUUUCUUUUAAAUAAAAUUGGGCCAAAAGGCCCUUAAAGAAGCAAGUUGCUGUGUGCUUAAACAAGAAAAGCUCUACCACUUUGAAGCGAGUUCCCACA